AUGGCCACGGCGUCCGUCACGAACGACCUCCAGACACCCGUUGAGGUGGCUUUUCAUGGCGACUGGUGUGUCAUAUAUCCCCAGAAGUCCUGCGACGUCGGAGUGACGGAGGUGAGUGCUUUUUCGACUUCAAGUGGCCCCGAGUCUGAAGUGGAGGCCUUGAUCCAGCUUCGCCUGCGCGAAAGCCCGGAGGUGAAGGGCAGCUGCGAGGCUGCAGGAGGCGCAUCUUUGCAAGCUUCCGUGGACUUCGGAGCCUUUUCUCAACGGUGCAAAGGCCGCGACAGAGCCGAGGCACGGGAAUUGGCCCGCGAGGCAAAGCGCCGCAAGGAGGCAGAGGAACGGAUUGACACUAUGAUCGAAGAAGCCGCCACCAAGAAGCGAAACGAAAAGGCAUGGCAUACGUUGAAGUGUCUCGGGCCUUUCGUCGCAAUCCUGUUAGCGCUCCUUCUCGUUUGCGCAGUCAUUCCGCCCGAGAGCGACGUUGCGUCCAUGCUGCUGGCCGGGGCAACAGUACCCUUGUGCUGCUGCAUCACUUGGGCAUUCAAUAUUCAUACUUCGGUUGCAGGAGACGACCGCAGCACCUUCUUUUUGGGGAAGUAUGAAGUCUUCUUCCGUCUUGCCUUCCUGUUUGCAUGUCUCCUUGCUUUGCUGGCUUUGGGCGCUAUGACGGCUCAGCACGCCUCACUAGGAUACUAUUGGACGCCAUGGAUAGUCGGGCUUUCGGUUUUUAUUUUUGCCAUGCUCUUCUGUUUGAAUAUCGUGUUUCCGGAGGAGCUGGACUCAGAACAGAAGAAAGAGUUGAAACGAGAGCUUAAGGAAGCCUGCUGCGAGAUUAGCAACCGAACGAUCCGAUUCGAAGGCUCGGUGAUCAGCUGGCCGCGUGGCCGCCCUUGCGUGGCCAGCUGGCCGGGGAAAUACGCAGGGGCCUGGGAGUCACUGGUCUCUCAGAGCCGCGACGGCCAGGUGAGUGCCGCGGUCGUUUUCCUCCCGGAGGGCACGGACGACUUUGGCAAGUGCGACAGCAUCCCUGAAGAUGAGGGCUUGCCCGGCAGCUGCUGGUGCACACCGCUCUACGGGGAGCAGAAGCCGUGGGGCUGCAGGUGGUUUACCAAAUGGAAGGAAAACAUUGAGAUCGCCGUCGCCAGCGGUGCGCAGCUGGAGGUCUACUUCUUCCAAAACCAGGUGGGCCACGGCAAAGUGGACAGCUUCGAAUCUGCAGGCGAGGACAACCUGCGGAGGGAGAAGAUAAACGAAAAACAGAAAGAGUUUGAGGAGUCUGCACAAUUCCAGCAAGCGCUGGAGGCAGGCCUCGGCAAUCUCUCCCAGGAGCCGCGUGGCGACGGAUCCUCCCAGUAUAGCCGAGAAGUGCGGCGUUUGUUCCUGGCCUCCCUCCCAGAAGCAGAGCGCCUAUUUAUCACAGCCUCAGAAGGGCUCGGAAACUCCCAAAAAGCAGAAGUGGCUUGGCUGGAAAAGAAGGGCUACGAGUACUGGGGGGUCGACGUCGCCACGUGGCUCCCGGGAGAGGGAGCGGAGAUCUGUUUCAACGCAUCUUCGAGGAAGAAUCCUCGUGUGGAUGGUCGACAAGAUGACUUCCCUUCAAUUUGUGUCCCCAUCGGUGGCUGGCCCGAGCUCCCAACGCAAACGCGAGGAUUUCGGAGCGACGCCGCCAUGGCCUCCAUGUCCACGGCCUCCGUCACGAACGACCUGCAGACACCCAUCGAGGUGGCCUUUUUCCCGGGCGACUGGCGUGUCUUAUAUCCCCAGAAGUCCUUCGAAGGAGUGGCGGAUAAGAUGAGCUUGAUCCAGGUUCGGCUGCGAGAGUGCACGGAGGUGGGCAGCUGCCAGGCAGAAGGAGGCGCAUCCCUGCGAGCCUCGGUGGACUUUGAAGUCUUUUCGCAGUGGUGCAAAGGCCGCGAACGAGCCGAGGCACGGGAACUUGCCCGUGAGGCAAAGCGCCGCGAAGAAGCGCAGAAGCGAUCGGACGAAAUGAUCCGAGCAGCUGCCGCGAAGAAGCGCGAUGCUCAAGGAUUGCUUGGGCAUGUCUUUGUUAUUGGAUGUUUCUUCGUGCUUCCGCUGGCCCUCUUGAUUCUGUGCGUGGUCGCCCUACCUGGCAGUGCUUUCGACGCCGCAAUGUUGGCCUGCACGGCGGUGCUGCUGUGUUGUUGCCUCAGCGCUUGCGGUGGGACCAUGGGUGUCAAAGAUGCAACUUCUGAAUUCGAAUUUGGAAGCUACGUGUCUCGUACCGUCAUUAUGUUCAGGCUGGUGUGGCUCCUCGCGCUGAUCUCCCUGGCAGCUAUGACGGCCCUGCACGUCCUGCAAGGACACUGGUGGACCGCGUUUCUCAUUUGGCCAGGGGCCGCUUGCGCUUCCUCGUGCUACCUUUGCGUGGCAUGCGGUGGCAUUGCCCCCUCGGAGCUAGACGCGAAAUCCCGGAGGGUUCUGGCAUUUGAGAAGGCGAAAGCCCGGUUCGAGAUCAGCAACAAGACCAUCCGCUUCGAAGGCUCGGUGAUCCGCGAACGUGGGCGGCCGUGUGUGGCCAGCUGGCCAGGGAAGUACGCAGGAGCCUGGGAGUCACUGGUCUCCCAGAGCCGCGACGGCCAGGUCAGUGCAGCGGUCGUCUUCCUCCCGGAGGGCACCAGUGAUUAUGGAAAGCACGAUGUAGCCGAAGGCUUGCCCAUGCGAAGCUGCUGGUGCACACCGCUCUAUGGGGAGCAGAAGCCGUGGGGCUGCAGGUGGUUUACCAAAUGGAAGGAAAACAUUGAGAUCGCCGUCGCCAGCGGUGCGCAGCUGGAGAUUUAUUUCUUCCAGGGCCAGGUGGGCCACGGCAAAGUGGACAGCUUCGAAUCUGCAGGCGAGGACAGCCUGCGGAGAGAGAAUAUAAACGAAAAACAGAAAUUGUUUGAGGAGUCUCCACAAUUCCAACAAGCGCUGGAGGCAGGCCUCGGCAAUCUCUCCCAGGAGCCGCGUGGCGACGGAUCCUCCCAGUAUAGCCGAGAAGUGCGACGUUUGUUCCUGGCCUCCCUCCCAGAAGCAGAGCGCGAGUUUAUCACGGUUUCAGAAGGCUUGGGCAACUCCCAGAAAGCAGAAGUGGCCUGGCUGGAAAAGAAGGGCUACGAAUACUGGGGGGUGGACGUCGCCACGUGGCUCCCGGGAGAGGGAGCCGAGAUCUGUUUCCCAGCAUCCUCGCAGAGAGAGCUGCCAACGCAUGGCCGAGAGAGAGAUUUCCCCUCGGUUUCUGUUCCGGUCGACCUGGAGUAG